GAAGAAGUUUGGGUACGAAAUCACCGACAUCUUAGCACCGUAGGCUAUUCAUAUUGGACGCUCGGCUACAUUCUAUCGGCAGAAGGAGCGCGUCGCCUUCUCGAUGCAAAACCGCUGGACAAACUCCUCCCAGUCGACGAGUACUUUCCUAUCAUGUUCAAUAAGCAUCCAAACAAAGUGAGUCUAGAAUUGAAUGGACAUCACAUUUUCCCGUGCGAGAUCUCCGCGCAUUCACUUUGUAUCCACUCAGCGUAUUUCCUCAGCGAUACACCCAUGAAGGAAGGUUAUGUGAGUGACACUGAGGAUUCCGUGGUCGUGGAGGAGGAGCAUGGCUCCGUAAUGCGAGAGAAAAAGGACGAAUUGUAG